AUGCAAUAUUAAGAUCCUAAAAGAUCAAAAAUCUAAUUUUAAUUUUCUCCUAUCUUUAUAUUCAGACAAUUCUCUUAGUUGUAAUAAGGAUUUUAAUCACUAUAUUAGUAAAGAAUUUCACACAUUCUAAAUUAAGAAUUUACUAUCAACUCUUGUUAUAAAUUUCAAUUAUCAAACUGCAAGGUCUGUUCGAAUGAAAUGAGACAGAAAAUAUGCAUUUAAUGUGAAUUCAACUACCAAACUAUUGAUGGAGUUUGUAUUAGGAUAGAAAUCUUUGCACAUUCUUAAACUUAAUUUAGAUUUCCUGAUUAUCUAAACUCAUUCAAAGAAUGUAAAUUGUGCCAAGUUAAAAAUUGCAAAUACUGUUUUGAAUAUAAGAAGGAUGAAUUAGAAAAAUCUACUUUAUAUGCAAACUUUGAGAGAUUUCGAUUCGAUGAAUUCAUAAACAUUGGAUGUGCAAUGUGUGAAGUAAAUUACAUCUUUGACUUUUAAAUUGGAAAGUGCAUUUAUAAAUAACCUUCCCUAUCUAUUUGCUUAAGGACAUUUGUUAAUUUAGAUGGUUAAGAAAUAUGCACUCUAGAGUUUAAAAGAAAUUUUUAUAUAAUUAUAUCAGCUACUGAUUUUAGUGUGGCACUAGAAUAAUUAAUUGUGGAAAGUAAAUUCAAAAUUGUGUAUAAUGUAUAAUCACUCCUAUGUAUGAAGUAAAAUGCAUCAUUUGUAAUGUAGGGUUUAUUACCUUAACCAGAUAUAGAAAUUGUUAAAAACAAACACCAUAAUCUAUAAAUGCAAAAAUUGUAAUUGAAGGAGAGACAUAUUGGGAUGCCUCUAUUUAAAUCUAGAGUUUAUGAUGAAAUGUUUACCAAACCAAUAUUUUUAUUAAAGGUUUGAAUAUGCUUAGUUUUACUUUUCAUAAGAAAUAGAAUGUAAUUAGGGAGACUAAUUAAGUUAAUCGUAAACGUGCUUGGGGUAUUGCACUUCAGAAUGUUUGGAUUGUUAACAAAAUAAAAAUGUACCAUAUUUUUCUUGUGCAACAUGCCCAUUAAAUUAGUACUUUUAACCGAUUCGUAGUCAAGCAGAGGGUUCAUGCAUUACGUGUGCUGAAUUGUGCUAAAUUUGCCAAAUAAGGUCUGAAGAUGAAUUAUAAGUAACUAUUGUUAUUAUUAUUAGAAAUUGAAUUCAUAAUUUCGUCUCACAAAUGAGAACAAAUUGUAUUCUUAUAAAUGUGAGACCAAUUUCGAAUGA